AUGGCUGAACUACAUGGAAUGACCACGCCUCAGAGCCAUCUAAAACACGUCUUGAAUAACUACUUGAGCAUCUGGAAUGGGAAUUUGUCACUACUCGAUUCGACAUUUUCACCCACCGUCACCCUUCAUGCUGACCGGUUCCCGUCUGCGAACGGAGGCAGUGAGGCGUUUAAUAUCACAACCCGAGAACAGUUCCGUGCCUUUGUUUUACGAUCUCGUACGGGAUGGGAUAAAUACGAGUUUAAGAUCCACGCGUGGACAGGGCAUGAGAACCACAUUGCCGUGCGCUGGAAGUUGGAUGCUGUCAUGGGAGCGAAUUUUACAAUUCUGCCAACGACUUUGAAACAAGGAGACCCAGUCACUUAUAACGGCACUGACUUUUUGAUCCUAAAUCAAUACACCGGAUUAAUUGAAGAACUCAAUGUCGCGCAAGACUUGAUUACUCUCUUCCACAAUCUCGGGUUAACCGGAGUGACGGUUUAA